UGGGCUUGUAUCUGGCAGGCCAACUACUUUUGUCCCACAUGAUCUAUAGGAAUGUAUAAUGCAAUGCAGAUCUACAAGGAAGAAUGGCUUUUAAAAGUGAUUACUGACCUGCGCGGUUUAAGGAGCUGUUCUGUUCUGCCAAGGUCAGAUAUAAAUCAUUACCUUUCUGAUUCUCUUCAACCCCGCUGGCUUCAACACAGAAGUUUGUGUUUUAAGUUGUUGAGAAGUCUUGAUAAAUAUGGGGGAGUGCUGUUUGUCUGCGGAUGAAAGCGAGCGGCAAAGAAUUCACCGGGAGAUUGAGAAGCAACUUCGUUUUGACAAAAAGAAGUCUCAUCGGGAGCUGAAAUUACUUCUUCUUGGGACUGGAGAAAGCGGGAAGAGCACUUUCAUCAAGCAGAUGAGGAUCAUCCAUGGCUCUGGCUAUAAUGAGACAGACAGGAUGAGCUUCACCAAGUUGGUCUACCAGAACAUCUUCAUAGCCAUCCAGGCCCUCAUCAAUGCCACGAGGACACUGCAGAUUGACUACAUAGACAGCCAGAACAUUGGCCAUGCAGAGAAAUUGAGCCAGGUCGAGCCAGAUAUUGUUGACAGGCUGGAACCCUGGCAUGUGGACUCCAUUAAGAGAGUGUGGAGCGAUCACGGCACACAGAGAUGCUACGAACGCAGACGGGAGUUCCAGCUGUCUGACUCUGCCAAAUAUUACAUGAGUGAUCUGGACAGAAUCGCUGCACCCACGUACAUCCCCACCCAGCAGGACAUUCUAAGGGUUCGGGUGCCGACCACGGGCAUCAUCGAGUACCUAUUCGACCUCAAGACCGUUUUCUUUAGGAUGGUGGAUGUGGGGGGUCAGAGGUCCGAGAGGAGGAAGUGGAUUCACUGUUUCGAAAAUGUGACCUCCAUCAUCUUCUUGGUGGCUCUGAGCGAGUACGACCAGGUUCUCUACGAGGAGACCAAUGUGAACCGUCUAGAGGAGAGCUUGGCGCUGUUCAAGACCAUCGUCACCUACCCCUGGUUUCAGGAAUCUUCCAUCAUCCUCUUCCUCAACAAGGUGGAUCUCCUACAGGAGAAGAUCGCCCACUCCCAUCUAGGAGAUUACUUCUCCGGGUUCCCAGGUCCGAGACAGGAUGUCGAGGCCGCUAAGAAAUUCAUCCUGAAGAUGUACUUGGAGCAGCAUGUGGGCCGGCACCAGCCUCUGUACAACCACUUCACCUGCGCCACGGACACAGAGAACAUCCGUGUGGUCUUCAAGGCCGUCCGAGACACCGUGUUCAGAGAGAACCUGGACCGUUACGGUCUGCAGUAGGAAACUGUCCUGAGGUCACCUGACCUGUGACACACCCGGAACAAGACCUAACCCCUCCAGGCUCUGACUCAGGACAGUCUUUUAGCAUUCAGGUGCCUGGGGGUGCUGCGUGGAGGAAUGUCGACUGGAAAUACCUGUGUCUUCAGUUUCAGAUCAUGUGACUGAUAUUCGAUACAGACAUUCGUGUUAGCGGCCUGACUCACUGAGCCUGAGACACGCUUGCUUUGUGUUUUCAUAACACCUUUUGACACGUUACAUUAUCUUUUGCUCUUCUUUGCCUUCAAACUGUCUGACCUACUUAGGCCUCAUAAUGCCAGGUGGUGAAUUAGGCCUCUGCCUUCUCCUGUGUUUGCAAAUUAGAGACUCGUUUAGCUAGUUUGUUCCAUUCAGGUAUUUUAUUUGGUGUUUCCAAGCAUCCUCCAUGAUCUGGUUGACAGAUAGCAUGCAGACAGACACAGAUACCACUCUUGUGUAUCUGUCUGUCUGUUUUCUGCCUGUCUGUCUGCUAUGUCUAACUGUGUCCCUGCCUGCCUGUCUGUCAGCUUUAUGUCUCUCUAUGUUCCGACCUGCAUGUCUGUCUUUCUGCCUGGUUUCUAUUUAUCUUUCUGGAAUGUGGUCCACCCUGCCUUGCUACCUGGAGUUCACUCUAACAGGUGAUACACCAGGAAGCACAUACUUGGAUACACCACACUGUAUCUUGGCUUAGAUGACAUCUCUUUUCCUACUACUCUGUGCAACUGUCACGAGUUGUGUAUACAGUAAACCAUGCAAUGACAUAUGUUUUCUUUGUGUUACUUAUGUCACAGUCAUUGUUUGUUUUUCCAAUAAAUUAUCGUGUGUGUGAACUUAA